ACCAAAUAAUUUGGCGGGUUAUCUUUCCUCAAAAUUCAAAUCAUUUGGCGCUCUAACCUAAUCUCCAUUUCAAUCUUAUCGCUCCCCUCAGAUCCACUUCUCUAUUAUUCCUCCACACAGCCACUCUCCCCUAUUCUCCUAUUUCUCAAUCCCAUAUUGAUUCAAAAUAAUUCAUGGAAAGUGACGACGAUUAUCAGUCCUUCCCGUUGCCGGAGGAGGCUUCGCCGGAGAUCCGACGUCCUAGAUUCAAGCGUUUGAAGAAAGCUCUAGAAGCUUCCAAAAAUCGACAUGCUCCCCCAGCUAUGCCAAUAGACGAAGUGUCUGACUUUCCUAAGGUUGAUUUUGCCAAAUUGGAAGCUCUAGAAGCUUCCAAAACCCUAGAAGAAGAUUCUGCUGAUUCAACUGAACUUGUAUCAUCAUCACAGGGCAGCGAGGAUGCGACAAGAUCUGAGUAUGGCUUUGACGAAAAGGGUGGAGAGAGUAGGGAACAAUUGGAAGCCUUAGAAGCUUCCAGCACCCAGGAAGAUUCUGCUGAUUCAACUGAACUCGUGUCACCACACAACAGCGAGGAUGAAAAGGGCGGUGAGGAUGUUCUCGUUUCUAGCGAGCAGAGCAAAGAGGUUAAAAGAUUUCUGGAUUUUGGUGAGGAUGAUGAUCAGUCUCGUGGGAAAGAACAUGAAACGAGUAGGGAAGUUGGGGAAGAUUUGGAAUCUGGUGACGUGGCAAAGGAGAUGGAGGAUUUGGAUAUGGAGAAAUUGGGAACACAACAAGAUGUUGAAGGAGAUGGGGAUCUGAAGGAAGAUGACAAAACGAAAAAGAAUAAGAAGAAGAGAACUAAAGGUGACAUUGGUAGUGAAGUGAAGCCGAAAGAAUUGGCUUCGAACAAAAGAAGAGAAGCAAAGGAGAGAAAAAUAUUUCUUCAGCAGCUUCAUGCUGAUACUCAGCGACUAUUGCGAGAAAGUAAGGAUGCAGCAUUUAAGCCUGUACCUGUUGUAAAUAAGCCUAUAUCCUCUGUUUUGGAGAAGAUUCGGAAAAGGAAGCUUGAGGUCUUGAAAAACAGGACCGGGAUGCUAAGCAGCAACAGUUCCAUUCACAAGAUUAGUGCUUCAAGUGAGGUUAUGAUGGAAUUAGGUGCAAAGAAUGCAUAUUCUGAAGAGCAGAGAGUUGACAAACUGGACAUAGAGUUGGGAGAGAAGGUGGAUGUAAAUGACAUAGAAACUGAUAGGACUACAGAUACCUCUAAUAUUGAUGGAAUUUUGGUAUCUCCAAUUACUAGAAGCAGCGAAAUUGCUCCUGAUCAAAUGGCUUUGGACGAAAGGCCCAAUGCUGUAUUUAGAGCUCCAGUUGAUGACACUCAGGAUCUAUUUGAUGACUCUGAACAAACAGGCAGUAAGGAUGAGAUGCUUGAUGACCCGGCCUCUAGUCCUUUGGAAGAAGUAAUGGCACCAUCUCUCCUUGCUUUGAACUUGAAGUUCGAUUCUGCCCCUCCAGAUGAAAGUUCCUCAGAUGAGGAGGACAAUGACAAGGAGAAUAUAAAUCCAUAUACAAAAGAAGGUGGCGAUGGCUGCAGUUCUCCAAAGGGAGACCCAGUUAAAGCAUUUGUUGAUGAUGAAGCGGAGGAAGAAGAUGACAGUGAUAAUGACCUAUUACGGUUCGGUGAUGAAGAAGACGACGAUAUUGAUGAUUCUGCUGAACUCCAUGAUAUGAUUGCCACUGAUUACAAAGAAAAUCCAGUUGAUAAAGAAAAGCGGAAUGAACUCCAUCAAAAGUGGCUUGAGCAGCAGGAUGCAGCUGGAACUGAGAAUUUGCUGCAACGGUUAAAAUGUGGUGUAGAACAAAAAGAGACAAUGUUGGUCGAUGAUGAACUAGAAAGCGAUGAGUGUGAUGAAGAGGUCAAUAAUGUCACUGACACGGAUGCAAUACCUAAAAGUUCUGCUCGACUAAAUUCAAAAAAGGCAAAGCAAAUAAUAAUGCAGAUGUUUGUGGAUAAAGAUGAGGUUUACUUAUCUGAUGAAGACGAGGAAACUGAAAAGAGGCUUGUAAAGCAGCGCAUGCUAUAUAACUCUGAGCUGACAACAGUAGUAUCACCCAUUGAGGAUGAAAGUUCCAGUGAGUUAUUUGGACUUAUAAAGAAGCUUAAUACUGUGCCUGACAAUAAGAGAAAAGCAAAAGCAUCCUCAUUCUUUGAUACAGUGCUAGGGGACCAAAAGAAGAAAAGCUCUCUGAAGUCCUCUUUUCUUGGACGAGUUACAAAUCAUCUUCCAUCGUCCCAUAAACAAAGUUCAACCAUAGUUCGUUCUUUCAUCUUUGGACGGGAUGACAGCAAUAGCCGAAGCUCAAUGUCAAUGUCAGAGGAUUCUUCAGAUAUGAUCGUGAAAGAAAACCUUCCAAUCAAGAAUAGUACAACAAAGUUUGGUAACUUCCAAGCCAAAUCAAGCAGCCAAGGUAAAAAUGCUGCUGCAGGAACAUCAGCUGAUGCCCCCUUAUUUGAUAUAUUAAAGCGAUCUUCAGCAGCAUCUAACGUUUGUUCUCGAGAUGUUUUGCUUGACCUUCCUAAAACUCUCCUUGCUGAUCUUAGAGUUUCAAAGAGGUCACUAAAGGCAGAAGGAAAAAGAUAGUUCAGCAUAUAGUGGAUUUUGUGUUUUCCUUCUCUUCUCUUUCCCCAGAAAGAAUGAAAUAGUGGAUGGGAUCUGAAACCAUUAAUGCAAGCAGAAGAAAUAAUCUUUGUUUUUUGUUUGUUUGUGAAUAAUACCUAUUUGAGAUUUUCCUAUCUUCUUUUCCUUUUUAUUAGGAUUGCUUAUCUUAUUUCUUUUCAUGAAAAAGAUCAAGCUUGCUUUUAAAGAGUCA